AUGUCGCUGCCAAAGGUCACGGGGGAAAUUCUCGAUUCCACGAGACGCUACUCAAAUCUCGAAGAAGCCCGAUUUUAUGGCCUUACGCUAUACGAGCUUCUUUCUGUGGUCGGUGGCAUGCUCUGUGUCUAUACGGCGGCAACAUUUGGCCGAAUAAUUAUAUUGAGAGUCUUGGGCGAGAAACUGGUGGCCCGACUUCGGUCGAACAUUAUGAAGAAUGUCUUGAGACAAGAUAUGGAAUUUUACGAUAAAAAUAAGGUGGGAGACCUCAUAUCGAGACUUUCCAGUGACGCGUACGUCGUUUCCAGAUCGGUGACCCAGAACAUGUCUGACGGUAUCAAGCAUUCCAUCGUUGGUGGCACCUCCAUUGGUAUGAUGUUCCACAUUUCGCCGACCCUUUCGAUGAUUCUGCUGGCAUUUGGGCCUCCCCUGCUGCUUGCUUCCUACGCUUACGGAAUGAAAAUCAAGGCCAUCAGUAGGAUGUUACAGAAGGCGACUGGUGGUCUGACCAAGGUUGCUGAAGAGCAGCUGAACAAUAUCAAAACUAUUCAGUCGUUUACAGCCGAAACGAAAGAAUUGCAUCGUUACGACAAUCAAAUCAGGAAUGUUUUCAAGAUCAGUUAUAAAGAUGCCAUGACGAACGCGUCGUUUUUUGUUUCCACUGGAAUUCUGGGCCAUGCUACCUUUUUGCUCACCCUGGGUCUGGGCACAAAUUUGGUUUUUAACGGAAGCAUGACCGUUGGUGAUUUGGCAGCUUACAUGAUGUACACAGAAUAUUGCGGAAAUGCGACUUUUGGUGUGGCCACCUUCUACACUGAGCUAUUUAAGGGAGCAGGCGCUGCUUCGAGACUUUUCGAGGUGCAAGAUCAGGUGCCUAAAAUUGACCAGGUCGUGGGCCCUAAGAUCUCCGGGUCCAGGGGCCACAUUGAGUUCAGGAAUGUAACGUUUGCAUAUCCAACGCGUCCAGACAAUAAGGUGUUUGAUAAUUUGAGCUUCGAAAUCAAAGCAGGCUCUAACGUGUGCAUAGUGGGCCCUUCAGGAAAAGGAAAAUCCACAAUAGCGUUGUUGUUGCUCCGUUUCUACACCCCGAAUUCGGGUCAGAUCCUCAUUGACGGCGUGGAUAUCACCAAAUACUCUGUCCAUUCGCUUCGUCAACUGCUCGGAUACGUUCAGCAGGAGCCUGUUCUCGUUCCAGGCACUCUUUCCGAAAACAUCACAUAUGGCUUGCCACGGAACGUGAAAGUGACCGCUGACAUGGUUGAAUGGGCGGCUGCCAAAGCCAACUGUGAUUUUAUCUACCAUUUCCCUGACAAGUUCAACACCGAUAUUGGGCCUAAAGGGUCGCAAUUGUCUGGAGGCCAAAAGCAGAAAAUAGCCAUUGCGCGGUCUCUGAUCAAAAAUCCUCCCAUUCUUAUUUUGGACGAGGCCACUUCUGCCCUGGACUCCAAAUCUGAGAAUGCCAUAAACCUGACAAUCACAAACCUCAUGCGAGACAGGUCACUCACGACCAUCUCCAUCGCACAUCGUCUCUCAACUAUAGAAAAAUGCGAUGAGGUGCUCGUUCUCGGCCAUGACGGCCGGCUGGCAGAGGAAGGCAAAUUCAAAGACCUAUAUCCUAACCGCAACAGUAUGCUCUACAAGCUGUUGAACGAACCACAGAAGAAAAAGAAAGAAGACGAGCAUGAAGACCAUGAAGCCCAGGAAGAUGACCACGAAGCCCAGGAAGAUAAAGAAGAACUGGAGCCUGAGACUGACGACAACGAAGUGACAGGAGACGAGGUUACACGAGGUGCGUUCAUGAAACGGCGUGCGGUCCUAAAUGAGGAACAUGAAAGGAGCGAACAUAAGACUCUCACCUAG